AUGAGGUUUCAAACCUACUUGGCCGUCCCACCCAAGCUGACAAUGUUCCGCGUCCCAAGGUCCAUCGACGAGGGCGCCAUCGACAUCCUCACCAGAUGGCAAGAUAUCGCGCCGGCUCUCCCGGAAGACCUCUUCAUAAGGGUGGUCGUCUCGAAGCAGGUGGCCGAGUUCCAGUCCAUGUACCUGGGCACCUGCGACGCGCUGCUGCCAUUGAUGCGCAGCCACUUCCCGGAGCUCCGCCUGAACCGGACGCACUGCAGGGAGAUGACGUGGAUCCAGUCCGUGCCAUACAUCUACCUGGACAGCACCGCCACCGUGGAGGACAUCCUCAACCGGACCACCUCCUUGGACACCUUCAACAAGGCCAAGUCCGACUUCGUCCACCGUGCCAUCGCCAGGGACGUGUGGAUCAAGAUCUUCGCCUGGCUCGCCAAACCCGACGCCGGGCUCAUGAUCAUGGACCCUUACGGCGGCCAGAUCGGCAGCCUCCCGGAGUCGGCGCCCCCGUUCCCGCACCGUGCAGGCGUGCUCUACAACAUUCAGUACAUGAACUUCUGGUCGGCCGCCACCGACGGGUCAGCGCAGACCAGGUGGCUUAAGGACUUCUAUGCCUUCAUGGCGCCCUACGUGAGCAAGAACCCCAGGGAGGCGUACGUGAACUACAGGGACCUCGACCUCGGCAUGAACGUCGUUGUGGGCAACGUCACCAGCUACACGGCCGCUAAGGUUUGGGGCGACAAGUACUACAAGGGCAACUUCAAGAGGCUCGCCAUGGCCAAGGGCAAGGUGGAUCCUAGCGACUACUUUAGGAACGAGCAGAGCAUCCCACCAUUAGUGGCGACAAAGUGA